UCCCUUUAUAUAGUUACCUGUCUUUGCGCGCGCGCCCAAGCCCACUGCGGCCAUUUUUCAGGAGGGUCGCCCGCACCCCCGCACCGGUUGGUCGCGAUGUAUCGCCCCUUGACUUUCAGAAUAGCAAACAAGUGUCACAGGUCUAUGUAUUGACAAUACACCGGGGCCAUUUUCGCCGUUUGCUUGGCGAGCAGAGGGGCAGAGGGCUGAGUAGAGAGAAAACACUUCGCUCCCUGGUUUCGCUGAAACCCUGACUUUCAUGUUAUAGCAAGGGGAAACUUCUAUUUAAUUUCUACAAGCCGAAACACUAAGGGAGGAGUUCAACCCAGGGCGCCCUGGACCUCGUUCCUGGGCCCUUUCCAGAGCCCUUUCACGCAUUAUACGUGAAGCGACAUACCCUAGAUAACUCUUCAGUUGUGGGCAAUCAGCUUGGAUAUUUGGGCGAAGGACCCGAACUGUCCGCUUCCGACUUUUGCGACGGAUGAAAUGGAUAACGCUGAUUUAGCGAGCUUGGCGUAGAGCAGUAUAUGUCACUACGUGGCAUGGGGCUCGCUGCGGGCGCGCGACAGGCCAGAGGAAAUCGCGCGCAACCAAGCGCAGCGGCUUUGGCGUGCAGCCAAUCGGAAAAACUGCGUUAUGGCGAGCUUACAGCGCACACUGGAGUCGAUGAGGGUGCGCAUCACCGCCAGCUCAAAAAUGCGACACCCAGUGGCCGCGCAGCGGCGCCAUCCCGCAGCGAAGGCAGGGUUCUCGGCGGUUGCCGCCCCAGGCUCCUCUCGGGCGGAAAGAUGCUGCUGCUUGGGCUGCUGGUGAUGCUGCCCAUGGGCUUCGGCCAGCCCCUGUCCUGUAUGAGCAACGUCUACGACUGCAAAAGCAACACCACCGCCUUCGGAGCUGGACCAGCCACCGUGACGAACACGAUGGGUGGGACAACCACCGCCGCGUGCGCGAGCAACCUGACUGGACCUCCCAUCUUGGGGACAUGCUCGAAUGGACCGCCAAAGGCGCCCGGAGAUGCGUCAACGUUGUGCUUUUCAAAAUCAAACAGUAAUGCGACCAUUCAGAUUUCCUUCCAGACGCCGCUGUACGGGUAUUCCCUUGGCGUAUAUAUCGUGGAUUGCCAGGCUGGCUUCAUCUCGGGAGACGUAUGGGUGCAAACCGUGGGUGGUGCCACCGUCAAGGUGCCGUGCAACCCCGACCUUUCAAGUGGCGACUCCGCAUUCUGGUGGACGUGCACGCUGCCCACGCCGUACCUGUACAUCGCUGGCAUGACCUUCAUGGUCACGGGCACUGGCGAGAAGGUGAUGGAUGCAGUGCGGCUGCAAGGCUAUCCCGCAUUCCCGGAAUCUCCACCGUCACCGCCAUCACCGGCCCCACCCAACCCGCCUCCUUCGCCGGUGCCACCCAGCCCGCAGCCACCCAGCCCUGCUCCUCCAUCGCCGGCCCCACCCAGCCCGCCUCCCUCGCCGGCGCCGCCCAGCCCACAGCCACCCAGCCCUAAUCCUCCAUCGCCGGCGCCGCCCAGCCCGCCUCCCUCGCCGGCGCCGCCCAGCCCACAGCCACCCAGCCCUGCUCCUCCUUCGCCGGCGCCGCCCAGCCCGCCUCCCUCGCCGGCGCCGCCCAGCCCCGCACCGCCCAGCCCUGUUCCUCCAUCGCCAGCCCCACCGAACCCGCCUCCUUCGCCGGCGCCUCCCAGCCCACAGCCACCCAGCCCUCCGCCAUCGCCUGUGCCCCCCUCGCCGGCACCGCCCAGCCCACCUCGCUCCCCCGCGCCGCCCAUCCCAGGCCCGCCCAGUCCGGAGCCGCCCAGCCCCGCACCGCCCAGCCCGCCUCCCUCGCCGACUCCUCCUACCCCCGAGCCACCCAGCCCUGCUCCUCCGUCGCCAGCAGCGCCCAGCCCUCAACCGCCCAGCCCUCGACCGCCUUCUCCGGCCCCGCCCAGCCCACCUCCCUCGCCGGCGCCGCCCAGCCCUGCGCCACCGUCGCCAGAGCCUCCCUCGCCUGCACCGCCCAGCCCGCCACCUUCUCCCAUGCCUCCUAGCCCGGCGCCUCCUAGUCCGGUGCCCCCAUCGCCGGCUCCUCCCAGCCCUCCGCCCUCUCCCACGCCGCCCAGCCCUGGGCCUCCUAGCCCUGCUCCUCCAUCCCCACCGCCUCCCAGCCCGACACCGCCUAGCCCGACACCUCCCAGCCCGACACCUCCCAGCCCGACACCUCCCAGCCCGCCGCCAUCACCGGCACCUCCUUCGCCAUCUCCUCCAUCUCCCUCGCCGCCUUCACCUGCGCCACCCAGCCCGCCGCCAUCACCGGCACCUCCUUCGCCAUCUCCUCCAUCUCCCUCGCCGCCUUCGCCUGCGCCACCCAGCCCGCCGCCUUCUCCGGAGCCGCCGAGCCCGGCGCCUUCACCGCCACUGCCCAGUCCGGCGCCGCCCAGCCCCACGCCUCCUCCGCCGCCUCGUCCACCGCCGCCGAGCCCCGAGCCAUCUACCCCGCCGCCCCCGCCCUCACCCCGGCGCAGCCCGCCCCUCGAACCUUCUUCACCCGCUCCUCCUGCGCCUGCCCCGGCCGCUCCGUCUCCUCCCCGGUCUCCUCCUCCCUCUCCACCAGGCACGCCAGCUGCGCCUUCGCCCGCGCCACCGUCUCCCGAUCCCUCCAUGCCGCCUAUGCCUCCCAGCGCACCGCCCCCAACCUCUCCACCCGGCCCUCAGCCACCCCUCCCCAUCUUUACUCCCUUCACGCUACCAAGCGAGUACGUGAACGCAACCGACCCCGUUGGGAUCCUAACCGUUAGUCGCCAGGUCCUGAUCAACGGUUCCGAGCUAACGAACUCAAGCGCGCUGAAUUAUUUCUUCCCGCAAGCCACGUCUGUGCAGUUGGUCGCCGUCGUGCUCGGCAUUCCCCUGGUGCUCGCCUUCGGAGAGCUGGCAUCUGGCGGCGCAGCCUCACAGCAGAUCACGUGCGAUAGCCCCUUCGUGGUGCAGCUGGCGAGCGCGUUCCCGUCACUGGCAGGCCUCCCCCCUGGCGCCGCCGUUGACAGCAGCUCUUGCACACAGCUUGUGCAGGCGGCGGCGUUGCCAGGCAGCAGCCGGGAACUGCUGUUACCUUCGACCUCGACGAUAACGACCGGCGCGGCGCACCGGCGACAGCGCGCACUGCAGGCCGCUUCGUCCGGCAGUAGCAGUAGCACCACUGGCAGUAGCACCACUGGCAGUAGCAGCAGCAGCUCUUGUGGCAGUAGUAGCACCGCCAGCUCUAGCGUCAGCCUGGCCGUCAGCCUGUCGGUGCCAGUGGGCUCCAGCAGUGGCAGUAGCGGCGGCAGCAGUAGCAGCAGCAGCAGCCGCGCGGCGGCGUAUGACUCUGUGCAAGCGUGGCAGUCGGGCAAUACCCCCUCGGUCAUUCCGUCGGGCGUGAGCGUGUGUGGCGUGUCAGCGGUGAAGCAGAUUUCGGUGGCCACGAAGGUGCGUGCCACGUACGAGGUUCCUCUGAGCAGCUUGGGGGUGGAGGAGCUCGCAAGCACCUGCAGCGGCAGCGGCACUGCAGGCAGCUCCAGCGCCGCAUCGCUGGGCCUAUCCGGGACGGAGUGCCAGGUUUCGUCAAGCACCACUGUGCGGAGCUCCGAGGACGGGAUGCCGACGCCCACCGCCGCUGCGGCCUCGUCCACGAGCGGCUCUUCGUCCUCCGGCGUGCCCACCGUGCUCAUUGCGGCGGUUGCCGCCGGCGGCGUGGCGGCGGCAGUGUCACUGGGCAUUGCCGGCGUCGUGGUGCGGCGGCGACGUCGCCUCCGCGUUGCGAGGAUAGAGGCGGAGCGCGCGCGUCAGGCCGAGGAGAUGCAUCGUGACAACUCCUUCAUCUCGCUGGAAGGCAACAUCUCUGUCGCGCCCGCGCCCCUCACCCGGGCCCUGCGACCCAGCCGCAGCCGCCGCAGCUUUGGCGGCGGCGUCAGCUCUGGCGGCGGCGCCCCAGGCAGCGCUGCCGGCUCCGUCGGUGCCGCCGGCCUGCAUCCGCCGCAGCAGCUACGCGCCGGCGCCAGCCGCGCCGGCGCCCUGCGUCGCCUCUCCACCGCCGACAGGGUCUACCACUCGUACGAUGGUGCCGUCGUCGCUGAUGGCAGCGGCCCCGCGUCCGGCUACCCGAGCCGCCGCUUCCAUUGCGUCAGCCUUGGACAGCAGGAUGCCGGUGCGGCAAGUGAGGGCGAGUACCUCCCCAGGAGCACGGGUGGCGCCGCCGGCAUGCUCGGCGGCGCACGCAGCCAACGUGUGGUGCGCUUCGGCGACGGCGUGGAGCCGCCGGUGGACUUUGCGACGGCGGCGGCGGCGGGCCUAGCAAGUGGCGGCGGCGGCGCCACUCGCAUCUCGCUUAUGUCGCGCCUUCGUGAGGGCGGCGCCUCAUCCGGCGGCGCCUCCCGCCGCGCCUCCGCCGCUUUUGGUGACGGCAUCUCGCGUUCUGGUGAGGCGCGCAACGGCGCAGGCGGAGGCUCCCCCUCGCGCAGCCAGUCGCGCCGACACUCCCAUGGCGGGGGCCUCAGCUCCACGCACAGUGUCCGCUUCCGCUUCGACGAUGAUGGCGGAGACGAGGAGUCGGGGGCAGGCGGGGGCGGCUACGCCAGUGGUACGGUCGCAACCCUGGGCCGCACAUCCGUUGCCACCACCAUUGGCGCCGACCGCACCAGUGCCGGGUCCCAUGCCUGGCUGACCAGCGAUGAGCGGGGCGACGGCGGCGGAGACUACAGCGACUAUGCUGCUGAGUCGGCCGCCGCCGCAACUGGCGGUGGCGGCGGCGGCGACGGCUUGGCGCGCAACAGUGCACCGCAGGCCCGCGCGGCUCGACUGCAUCACUACAUGAAUAUCAUUGAUGGAGGCCACGGUGCCAGCUCGGCUGGGCACAGCGGCCCCAUUGCGCGGCGGCACAGCGGCGCCGCCGCCGCGGGCAGCGGCGGCGGCGGCAUUGCCACCAACUCCCUGCGCCGCAGCCACAACUUUGACACGCUGGCGCUGGCGCUGGCGUCGAGCAGCGGCAUGCGUCAAAACAGCCGCGGCUCACGGCUGCUCAGCUACCGCAACGUCGGCGGCGCCGCCGCUGCCGCCGUGGCCAACGCCAACGCCAGAGCGCGCCGCUGCUCCGUUGCCGCCGCCAAUGCCAGUGAGGAUGAGCAGCUGGCGGACGAGGACGUGGCGGCGCCGUGGGUGGACGUGCAGCAGGCGACCGUAUUGACGGAGGCGCAGCUGGCGCGCGUGCUGGCGUGGCAGCAGGCGGCGGAGGCGGCGGUGCUAGCGGACGGGCCGCCGUCACCGCCGUCGCCCGUGGGUAGCUGCGCCAGCAGUGAGUGCGCGCCGGUGUGGCCGGUGCGGCAGCAGCUGCUGCAACGGCUGCAGCAACAGCAACAACAGCAGCUCCACAGCCAGCGUGGCGAGCCCAGCGGUGCGGCGCCUCCGGCGCCGCUAUCGGCGUCUGCCGCUGCCGCCGCCUUCGCUGCUCCGCCCGCCACGGGCAGGGGCGACCUUUCAUUCCUGUCGCCCCCGUCCAUCCAGGUACUGCCGCCGCCGCCGGCCGCCUACCUGCAGCCGCGCGCGCCUGCCUCCGCCGGCAGCGGCGGCGCGUCGCCAGCCCUUCGCACGGCCGCCACGGCUAGGGAGGCUGCGGCCGCUGCUGCGGCCGCCGCGGCAGCGGCGGAGCCAAGCGUGCCGCCGUCUCGCCCUUACGAGCUGAGCAAUCUGGUACCCAUGAAGCGCGUCCACACGGCGACGGACGUGCCGGCGAUCGACAGGGACGCCGAGGCCGGAGAGGCCGGGUCGAGCGGGCUCGCAGGCAUGGAAGCCGCAUACGAAACCGCCGGGGCCGGCGUUGCUGAAGACGACAGCGGUGAAGAGCUGCUGACACUUCAGCUGCAGCGGCCCGCACCGACCGCGGCAGCAACGACACCGUUCGCGUCGAUGGCAGCCGCUGUGGCGGAGCCGCAGCUGGCGCAGUCGCCAUCGCUGCUGCGCCGCCUGACGGCGGCAGCGGUGCCGCUGGUCAUCCCGGCCAGCGUGAGUGGUCGACUUCGCGUGUCUGUGACGCCGGGUAGCGACUCGCCUGCCGGCGGCGGCAGCGCCGCCGCUGCCGCCGCAGCCGGUUGCUCCGAUCUUGCCGGCGUGCACUCCAGCAUGGUGGCACCGCAGGCGCACAGCCCCAGUGGCGGCACACAGCACACCUUCCGCGUGUCCAGCAACGGCAACUGCGGCGCCGGCGGCAGCGGCGGCAGCGGCGCGCCGCUGACAGACGUGCUGUCUCGCCGGCCCUGGAUGUCGCCACGAGUGCGGCCCUUCACCGACAACGGUGUGCCUCCGCCUCCCAACGGCCCUGCUCGGGCGGCCACAGGCGUCGGCAGUAUAAGCGACACGAAUGCGGCCCUGACCGUAUCUGCGGUGGCCGCCGCAGCCGCGGCGUCAGCGGAGCGCGGUGCGACGACGGUUAGCGGCGACGGCACCGCAGGGGACGUCGCCGGCGGCGGCGGCGGCGGCUCGCACCGCCGUCCUCUGCUGCACUCCGAGCCAAACGGCACCCCGCGGACGUCGCAGGACUUCAAUGGACUUACACGCAUGGGCUCGCACGGCAGUACGGCGAGCACCACCACAGGCUCAGUCCGCCGUACAGGCAGCCGUACGGCGUGGGACCGCAGUCACGUUGGUGGCGCCGCCGCCAGCAGCGGUGGCGGUGGCGCCGUCAUCGUUGCAUCCGCCAGCGCACCCGUCACUGGCGUUGUGGGCGCCAGCGGCGACAUUGGCUGCGGCGACGCUGCGGCAACGGGCCGCGGCAACGUCGUCGGCGUCGCGGUCCGCAGCUUGGCUGCCGUGUCGCCGGCGCGCUCCGCCAUCCUGAAUGCCAGUGGCAAGUCGCCCUCCCAGCCGCUGCUGCAUCUCGGCCCCACUACAGCCGUUGGUGCUGGUGUUGCUGGUAGUGUUGGCGCUGCUGCUGCAGCCGGUUCCAAAGGCAGCAGCUGUAGUGCCGGCGGCGCUGCCAGCUCCUCACCGCGCCGCCUGCACAGCCGCCCGCCGACGCCGACGCUGCCCGCCUACCUGCCCUCCUCCUCCCAGCCUUACGCGCAGCAGCACCAGCAGCAGCGGCCGCGGAUGCGGGCAGCGAGCAUGCCCGACGCCGACGCGGGCAUGCUCGGCAGCCGCCUCGCUCGUGAGGCGCCUUCUGAAGCGGUCAUGGACAUGAAAAUGUAUGAUGUGGACAAUGACGAGGACGCGUUCUACCACGGCCGCAGCGCCGCUACGGUCGCCGCCGCUGACGGUGAGAGCGUGCCUGGGGAGGUGUACAGCGUGCCACACGUGGCGCUGCUGCCGCAGCCCUGGCGCUUCAGUCGCGGCUCAAACCGCACCGCCGGAAGCAUGGGCAGCAACGGCGGCAUCACAAUCGGUGUCGUCCGAGGCGUCAACCGAGGCACCGAUGCCAGCGAUGCCGGUCCCGUCGUCGGCCGGCUGGGCCAGGUGCCACCGCCUCGCGCGUCUCUGCCGGCCACCACCGCGCCACCGAUGCAGCUAAACCAGAGCGUGUUCAGCGCGGCAGCGGCCGCUGCUGCGGCAGUUUCUGGCGUAGGUGGCGCUGCUACAGGCGCCGUUGCGCCGCCUGGUGGCCAGAGGGCUACCACGCCCGGUGGUGGCAGCAGCGGCGGCGCGGCUGAGGCUGCACAGCAGCUGCUGGCGUUGGACUGGGCCGUCGAGGACUUCGAGAUGGGAAAGGAGGAGACCCAGGGCGGUCGCGCCGUCACGGAUGCGCCGGUGGGGAUCCCCAGGCGUAGCAUGCAGCGCCAGACGCAGCCUCAGGCACAGGUGCAGGCGCGACGGGGUGGCAGCCCCUCCUCGCGCCUGGCAUCAUCGUCUUCUGCGGUUGACGCGCAGUUGGCGCGGGGAGUGCUGUGAGCCGCGAGGGGGGUUGUUCAUUCCAGAACCCAAAGCAAGCCAACCGAGUGGACCCAAACCCGCCAGCCCCAUUUAGAGCGUGGAGGUGGUGUGGCCAUGGGGGGUAGCCACUCAUGCGAACGGUAUGUAUGAAACAUGGAACGCCCCUGGGGUCGAGGUGUGGGGGUUGUUGAUUAGCUUAAUGGACAAGCAGGUUGUUGCCGAAUCAAUGCAAAAUGUUUCAGCAAUGGACAAGAAGUGUGUCAGUGAUGAGGCACCGACACACAAAGCCGUUUGCGCUUCACAAGUAUGCGGUUGCCUUGGUUCGCACAGCCUUGCUUUGUUGUGGUGUAGUGUGAUUUGUCCCCGUACUUUGUCUGUGACUUGUGAGGUUUGUGACUGGUAGCAUUGGAACGACACGCCAGCAACAGUUCAAGACAUGCAGGAGCAUGUCUACGUGCACGCGGGAUUAAUGAAAUGCCGCACUACUAGGCGCAGCUGAGUAGGGGAGCAGCAACGCUCCAGCAACUGUCGCAUGUUAUGCCUUGUUGCAAAACAUAGUAUCCACGUGCGGAGAUGGAGCCGUUGCAAGCGAGGCCAAGAGUAGCUCUCGUGUCGGUCCUGCAACCAGAAAAUGUGAUGAUGUCGUUAGCCAGGCGUGAGGGCAUUGAGGUGCAAUCUGGACUGUGUUGGUGCUGAAAAUGACAGGAUGUUUAGUCAAGAGAAGGUUGCGCGAGAAGGCAGCGCGGAGGAGCUUCCAAGUAUAAAACUUCAGGAGGUAAGCCUGGUCUCUGGCCAGAUUAGCUACUUUAGUCCAGCACGGACAUUGCAUUUCCCUCAUCAUCGAACAAUCCAAUCCCUGCCUCAUCAAUGCUAGCGUGUAAAUGUUUUGAUCGUGUACGGUAUGCUUGUCAGACAUGUACGGGUGAGAUAUGGUACGGUACGUGAAGCCAUGCUGGUUGCUAUGGUCUUCAUAAGGAUGUGCGCCACAACUGUUGGGACUUUUCGUUGCAUUUAUGUGAAUCACAGCAAAUGAUGUACCAGUGUGUGCGCGGGCACUGCAAAAGUGCUGCACGUUGGGUUACACGGGGGGUGCACUGCUGAAGUAUGCGCGCUGCGCUUUUCAUUUGCCGUACGUGCAGAUGGUAACUGGUCGCUGGCACCGGUGGAAGCCCAUGUACGUGGUGUCAUGGUGCCAUAUAGUUCUCAGGGCGGAUGUGAGAACGCUGGACCCCGGACGCAGGUGGACGCGGGGUGUCGUUUGUGAAACGCGGCAAUGCAGCAGGCACGCCAAAAGGGUGUUAUGCAUGGUUCAUGAGGUGGGGCGAUCAGACAGGAUCAGAGAGGAAUUGCGUCGGGCCUCAGCAGGCUUCCGGGAACCUUGCUGCGUGCUUGAGUCUCUGGAGUUGACCUGGUAUAGAGACAAAGCAUGAUGGGUACUUCCUUGCCUGACUUGGGUAAAAGCAACGUCUUCCUUGCCUGGGAUGUGAUACUGCGUUCGUGCUGCGCCAAACACAGUUACUCUGCCUUGCUGCCUUGCUUGUUAACAUUCUGUAGUUGGCCGUGAACUGGAGCAAACAGAGGCAUCAAGGCACACUGCACAGUUGUGAAGGUGAAUGCGGGCCACCGCAGCCUCCCGGCAUGCUGUGCCUAAUGAGCCGUGAGCUUAUUGGCGUUUGGCGCUGUGGUGUUGAUGGACGGCGGGGCGUAUUGCGUGUGAUAGAGCGAGGCAAUCGUUUGCUGCAGCCUCUCCACACGUUCUACUUGUGACAGGCACUAUGCAACUGCAGUGUUAGCAGUCGUAGCCUGGAUAGUUCCCUGACGCUUCCUAUGUAACAUCAUACUGUG